AUGGAAGUCACCGCCAGCAUCAUUGCCGUUCUUCAACUCAGUGAGCGCGUGAUUGGCGCGUGCAAGUGGUACAUUGAUGCGUAUCAAGACUACCCCAAGGAUCUUCGAUUGAUCUACCUUGAGACGUCUUCAAUCAGAGCCGUUUUUGAAACCCUAAGCUUCCUUGAUCCCCAUGACCCAGAAGAUUCCGAAGCAUUACAGAUACUGAAACGCCCGGACGGACCGAUCGCCGGUUGCAAUGAAGCGAUCGGUGAGUUGAGUAAGUUGUUGCCACUGGCAAACGCGCACUCUGGGGCGAGAAAGUCAAAGAAGAAAAAACUAGAAUCGACCUGGACCACGUUGGCCUGGCCGUUGAAAUGUGAGAAGGCUCGCAAGCUGCUCGAUGAGCUCAACAGCCACAAAGCCACCAUCAACAUGACGCUCACUGGUCAGAUACUGUACGAGUUGGGAACGGUACAGAACGCUGUGGACAUUGCGAACCAGACAUUAACAUAUGCACAGAAACGGGAAGUUUGCGAUUGGUUGGAAAUCGUGAACCCUUCUCCGAACCACAACGCGGCCGUUGACUUGUACGUCGAUGGAACGGGAGACUGGGUCUUUCGUUCUCAGCCCUGGAACGAUUGGAUUGACCGAAAAAGUCGUGUUAUUUGGAUGCAUGGAAUCCCCGACGCCGGCAACACCGUCCUAACAGCGCAUCUUUUCCGGCACAUUUUGAAGCGAUGUGAGCAAAGUUCUAGUAGCAAGGUAGAGUGCGUCUAUUUCUACUGCUACCACGGCCACAAUCGAGACGAGACUAUGCCAUUUUUGCGAUGGCUACUCAGCCAGUUGUGUCGAAAAACGAGCAAAGUUCCAAAUCCUGUCUAUCACGCCUUCAGAUCGCACCUCGAACCAAGCAAAAUCCGAGGUGAAGCAGUGUGA